UAUACCAAUGAUUUAAUUCAGGGGAAAUUAAAAAAGGCGGACAAGUCGGUCAGCAACAAAAAUCUCUGUUGUCUUUACUGGGAAGGACCGGAAAACGGUUCUAUUUCCCACCGUUGAGCUCAAACGACUUGAAAGUUCAAACAACAAAGGUCAAAACGGCAGAGAUCCUAACGCUCUCUCCUGUAAUCUUCAAUUUCUCUCUACGAUUUUUCUUCGCCGUCUUAUGUCAGAUGCAUGACAAAGAAUUUUUCAGGAAAUUGCUACAUGUUUAUCGAACUCUUGAGUUUUUGUACAUCAUGCUAGAAGGUCAUGCUUGCAAAUUUUGGUAGUUGGCUCAGCUGGACAACAGAUUGAGAAUGAAAGCUGAAACACUCCAUCUGAAGAGAAUGAAGAAAUGGUAUGGUGGUGCUCUAGUUGCAUCCUUGUUUAUGUUGCUGGUUCUGAGAUAUGGUGUCAUGAAAAAUCCUGUUGACGAAAGCUACUUUACAAAUUCCGUCUCCACCAAUGGAACCAAUCCACUUGAAUGGGUGCAUUUUACAGGUCCACCUGCAGUUCAAAAUCCAGAAAAUGCUUCUCAAGUAAUUUCCAUUGAUACCAUAGCUUUCAGUCUCUUUGCUCAAAGGAACCUCUCCAAGGGAGAGCAACAAUCUUUGCUGACCUGGAAUUUGUUGAAGAACUUAAUUAACCAUUCUCAAGCUUUGCCAAACGGAGUAGAGGCUAUCAAGGAAGCUGGAAGUGCAUGGAAUAGCCUGAUGGCUUUGAUUGAAGAUGAAAAACUUGGUUAUGCCAAUGGUAAUUCAUCUAGGAAAGCAAAAGAGAAGCAGUGUCCCCAUUUUCUUAAUAAAAUGAAUGCUACAGAACCUGACAAGGGUCAAUAUAAGUUGGGAGUUCCUUGUGGCCUCACUCAAGGUUCUUCCAUUACAAUCAUUGGCAUUCCAAAUGGUCUUCUUGGUGAUUUUCGCAUUGACUUAACAGGGGAAGCACUUCCAGGGGAGCCUGAUCCACCCAUAAUUUUGCAUUACAAUGUUAGGCUCCAUGGGGAUAAGAUAACUGAGGACCCUGUAAUAGUCCAAAACACCUGGACUAUAGCUCAUGAUUGGGGUGAAGAGGAGCGUUGUCCGACCCCGACUCCUGACAAGAAUAAAAAAGUGGAUGAGUUGGACUGGUGCAAUAAGUUGGUGGGUAAAGAUGAUAACAGGACAGUUAGCUUGCUUUCCCAUGGUUCGAGGAGGUCUUCAAUGGGGCUGCAAGGGGUUAAAUUGAGAAGAUAUUUUCCUUUUAAGCAAGGUUCUCUUUUCGUUGCAACUCUUAGAGUUGGAUCAGAGGGAAUACAGAUGACAGUUGAUGGAAAGCACAUAACAUCCUUUGCUUAUCGAGAAACAUUGGAGCCAUGGCUUGUUAGUGAGGUUAGAAUUUCUGGAGACGUGAAAUUAGUUUCUGUCCUGGCUAGUGGUUUACCCACAUCAGAGGAUUCAGACCAUACAGUUGAUGUAGAGGCACUUAAAUCAGUUCCUCUCUCUCGUCAAAGACCAUUGGAUCUCUUUAUUGGUGUUUUCUCUACCGCCAAUAAUUUUAAACGAAGAAUGGCUGUGAGAAGAACAUGGAUGCAGUAUCCUGAAGUUCGGUCAGGGACAGUUGCAGUGCGCUUUUUUGUUGGAUUGCAUAAAAACCAAAUAGUAAAUGAGGAACUCUGGAAUGAAGCUCGGACAUAUGGAGAUAUACAGCUGAUGCCUUUUGUUGAUUACUACAGCCUGAUCACCUGGAAAACUUUGGCUAUUUGUACCUUUGGGACAGAAGUUGUUUCUGCAAAGUUUGUCAUGAAGACAGAUGACGAUGCAUUUGUUCGUGUGGAUGAAAUAAUGGCAUCGUUAAGCAGGAUAAAUGUGACUCAUGGAUUGCUUUAUGGACUGAUUAACUCGGAUUCCCGACCUCAUCGUAGUACAGAUAGCAAGUGGUUUAUUAGCCCCGAGGAAUGGUCCGAAGAGAAAUACCCUCCCUGGGCACAUGGUCCUGGUUAUGUGGUGUCCCACGACAUAGCGAAGGCUGUUUACAAGAGGUUCAAUGAGGGGCGCUUAAAGGACAAACGUCAAGGAUAGCAGGCGAGCGGCUUUGACGGACGAGCAGGUAGAAUGUCGACCACAGUGGGACCACGGUGGCCUGGUGAUGUGGAAGUCGGAUAUAUCCUUAACGAGCUUGACGAUCAGCCUUGUUGACUCGAGUAUCAAGGUAUAACAAUUUGAGUCUCUCAGGCCAAUCGGCAUAAUUUGAUUGAAGUUGUUUAGCACUAUGAACAUGGUUUUUCUAAUGCUUCACUCGUGUUUUAUUGGAAACUUAGAAAAUGAUUUUGCAGCUGUGAUGGUUUCUGUUCCUUCAAGUUUUAUUCAGGCAUUUGCCUUUUCCCUUCCAAUACGGAAGACAAGCAAAAGGCAACGAUAACCCUGCAACUAGAAAGCGUCAACAAGCACACAGAUGCAGAUUAAAAUGUAACCAUAGACCUCGGUGAUUGACUUGAUCACCAGAAAUUUGAGUUUUCGAACCAACUUAAACGAAGCAUUAUAGGGAAGUUUGCUAGUAGCAUCUGUCAUUUUUCCAAGUUACAAAGAAAGAGAAUAAAGGAAGACUUGUUUCUGCAAAAUAUACAUAGGAAUAGCUAGAAAAUUUUAGAUAAUUUUUUAUUGGAUAACAAAACCAAUUUUGUAAUGAGAACCCUUUGUUCAGCUAGAAAAAUCAGAGCCGUUUUCUUUGACUGUCAUGAACAGUACCACCAGCGUGAAUGGUACUGUCGCCUCGUGUAAGGAAACUUGCUACAAUGAAAUGCAAAAAAUUUUGCUUAUGCAUAGGCCGCGGAUGGCAGAAGCAAAUUGUGCCAAAAACCAGGCCAAGUGCCGUUAGUUGGUGCCCUUUGGUACCUUUAGGUGCCAAUGAGAGCCAUGAAGUGCCUAAAGAAUGUGUGCUGAUGCAGGUACCGUUAUUUCGCUUACAAGUCCCUAGGCUUUUACAGAGUGCUUCGGGUUGGAGUGUAUAACUCUCAAGUAGAGUGUUUGUGAGGCUUUUGGUGAGUGUUUUUAUAUUGAACACUUUGUAUCUUCGUGUGAUAUCUCAACCCAAAUGAUAAUUGAAUUAGACUAUUAUUAAAGUCUAUUAAGUGAAUUA